AUGCCCAAACGUCUGAAAAAGUUAUUUCCUUCAUUUCACAAGCACAAGGAUAUUGAGAAAGUGGAAGCCCAGAUCAAUCAAGCAGAAGACCAAAAAGACAGCACGAAUAUCGCUAGACCGCCGACUUCCAGCCAGCCAGCAAUCCAACUACUUCAGUCAAUCGAAACCUUCCAGCCAAAAGACCUGUGGCAAGCUGCGUAUGACCAGCUCGAUGAGAAGCAGCAGCAGAUUUUGUUACGCACACAAAGCUCUCCCGAAUCAGAGGAAAAGAAAGCUGGCUCGAGAGAGCUGAUCGACGAGAUCAUCCACGUGACAAAACUGCAAUACGAGGCAUAUCAGCAGAAGUCAGAUAAUACACUCCGGAAAACUUCGCGGAAGAUCAUCGAUGCGUUACUUUCCUAUAAGGACAUCAUUAGUACGGUUGCUGGACUUGACCCCACACAACAUGUAGCCAGUGCUUGGGCUGUCGUGUCGCUUGGUUUGAAAAUUACCCAAAACCACCAUGAUGCACGAAAUGCAUUGUUUGAAUCAUCGGAGUACCUGGCCGACGUUAUUACACAAUGCGCCUUCAUCGAACAGAGAUUCAAUCUUGACGGCUAUUCAGAUAUUCGAGGCCAUGUGGAAACCGCAAUAAUCAAACUCUAUAUGGCCAUUCUGCGCUAUUCAGGACAGAUUCGGAAUUCCCAAGAGCAUGGCGUCGGAAGAAACCUCUCGGACUGUUUCACUGCCAUUACUGGGCACCCACUUACGGAGCUCAAGAGCUCAGUCGAAAAAGAAAGAGACAAUUUGCGCCGGUGGACCGAGCUUGGUGGAUACUUGCACCAUGCAAAGGAGGCAGAAAAUAUUCUUCUCAAAAUCGAUGAGCUUAGCGAAUCCCUGAAGCUUCUUUUGGAACAGUCUAGCCUUAUGCAUCUACAUGUUGUGGAGGGAGCAUUAUAUGACUCUCAUGUUCAUGAACAUGAGGAUUUUUGCCUUCCAGGGACCAGAACCGAGCUUCUUUCCCGUAUUACGGAUUGGGCGAACUCCGAUGAUAAAUUCGUCUUUUGGUUGAAUGGGAUGGCGGGAACGGGGAAGUCUACCAUUGCACGCACAGUUGCACAAGGGUUCAAAGAACGAGGACUGCUUGGUGCCAGCUUUUUUUUCAAGCGGGGCGAAGCCGACCGUGGUACUGCAUCAUACUUGAUAACCAGUAUCGUGGGACAGCUGGUAACUAGACACAGGCAACUGGUGCCUGAGGUCUUGAGUGCCAUCAAGACUGAUCCGCGGAUUACAUCGAAGUUUCUGAGAGAUCAAUUUCACCAGCUUCUCUAUCAGCCUCUUCUAAAGCUGCAACCGGACCAAUCCACCACGAUUGUGAUCGUUAUUGACGCCUUGGAUGAAUGUGAUGGGGAUGAUGAUAUAAAACUCAUACUUCAUCUCUUGUUCAGAUUACAAGAAAUUCAGUCUGUGCGCUUGCGUGUAGUCUUGACAAGCAGACCUGAACUUCCGAUCCGUCUCGGUUUCAUGAAGGAAGACAAGUAUCAGGACCUAGUUCUCCAUGAACUUCCUGCUCCAGUAAUCGAACACGAUAUUCGCGUGUUCCUAGAAUACAAGCUUUCAGCAAUACAACGCGAACACUCACUUCCCUCUGACUGGCCUGGGAAUAAAAGACUUGAGCAACUGGUGCAGAUGGCUCUACCUUUGUUCAUCUUUGCGGCCACUCUUUGCCGCUUUGUUGGGGAUGAAGACUGGUUCCCGGAAGAGCGUCUUACAGCCGUUCUUCAAGAUGAAGCAACAACAUCGACAUCAGAUAUGGAUCGGACAUAUCUACCAGUACUACGCCAACUCCUUACCGCGAAAAAUAAGAAGGAUUUUGAGCGACUCUUACAAGAGUUUCAGGAUAUUAUCGGCGUGAUUGUUCUUUUGGCCGUCCCUCUCUCAGUUGUCACUCUUGCGCAAUUCACUGGGAUACCCGAGAAUAAAAUUGUUAAUCGAUUAAAGAGAUUUCACUCUGUUCUGAGUGUCCCAGCGGAUCUCGAAGCACCGGUUCGCAUUCUGCAUCUUUCAUUUCGAGACUUCUUAAUCCAUACAGAAGGUGACUUUCGUAUCAAUGAAAAGAAUACACAUCGACAAAUAGCAUUACACUGUCUACGCGUCAUGGACACUCGGCUCAGGCACAAUAUCUGUGACCUAGCAAGUUACGGAAUACAGUGCCAGGAUAUCGACCCUCAGGUCAUCCAGCAGCGCCUCCCUGCUGAUUUGCAAUACUCCUGCUGUUAUUGGGUACAUCAUCUGAAGCAGAGCCAGGGUGGUAUCCCUGAAUCUGAAAUCCUCUCUUUUCUUCAAAAGCGGUUCCUUCACUGGUUGGAGGUACUAGCUUUAAUAGGGAAAAUAUCCGAGGCGGCAGGAAUGAUAAAGAUAUUAGAGUCAAGCAUAUGGAAGAAAUACGAUCCUGCUCUUUCAGGGUUUUUAUAUGAUGCAAGAAGAUUUACUCUUCAAAAUCUUUAUAUAGCUGACAUUGCUCCACUGCAACUCUACUGUUCCGGGCUAGCAUUUGCACCAGCACAAAGUGUCAUCAAGGGGACAUUUCUUAGCGAAUUAUCAAAACAAAUACAGCUGCUACCAACGGUAAUGGAUUCCUGGAGCACACCUCUACAGACGCUAGAGGGCCAUUCAGAUUUCGUUAGAUCAGUGGCCUUCUCUCCUGAUGGACUCACCCUAGCAUCGGGCUCAGACGACCACACCAUCAAGCUCUGGGAUACGGCGACCGGCACGCAGCGGCAGACGCUAGAGGGCCAUUCAAAAUGGGUUAAAUCAGUGGCCUUCUCUCCUGAUGGACUCAUCCUGGCAUCGGGCUCGGCCGAUCACACCAUUAAGCUCUGGGAUACGGCGACCGGCACGCAGCGGCAGACGCUAGAGGGCCAUUCACAUAUAGUUAAUUCGGUGGCCUUCUCUCCCGAUGGACUUACCCUGGCAUCGGGCUCGGAAGAUAACACUAUUAAGCUCUGGGAUACGGCGACCGGCACGCAGCGGCAGACGCUAGAGGGCCAUUCACAUAUAGUUAAUUCGGUGGCCUUCUCUCCCGAUGGACUCAUCCUAGCAUCAGGCUCGAGUGAUAGCACCAUUAAGCUCUGGGAUACGGCGACCGGCACGCAGCGGCAGACGUUAGAGGGCCAUGAAAAUUGGGUUAAUUAUGUGACCUUCUCUUCCGAUGGACUCAUCCUGGCAUCGGCCUCAGGCGACCACACCAUCAAGCUCUGGGAUCCGGCGACCGGCACGCAGCGGCAGACGCUAGAGGGCCAUUCAAGUUGGGUUUGUUCGGUGGCCUUCUCUCCCGAUGGACUCACCCUAGCAUCGGGCUCGGACGACCGCACCAUCAAGCUCUGGGAUCCGGCGACUGGCACGCAGCGACAGACGCUAGAGGGCCAUUUAAAUUGGGUUAGUUCAGUGGCCUUCUCUCCCGAGGGACUCACAAUAGCAUCGGGCUCGAACGAUCACACCAUCAAGCUCUGGGAUCCGGCGACCGGCACGGAUCCAGCGACUGGCACGCAGCGGCAGACGUUAGAGGGCCAUUCAACUUGGGUUAAUUCGGUGGCCUUCUCUCCCGAUGGACUCAUCCUAGCAUCAGGCUCGAGUGAUAACACUAUCAAGCUCUGGGAUCCGGCGACCGGAACGCAGCGGCAGACGUUAGAGGGCCAUUCAAGGUGGGUUAGUUGGGUGGCCUUCUCUCCCGAUGGGCUUACCCUAGCAUCGGGUUCGGGCGACCACACUAUCAAGCUCUGGGAUAUGGCGACCGGCACGCAGCGGCAGACGCUGGAGGGCCAUUCGCAUGUGGUUAAUUCAGUGGCCUUCUCUCCCGAUGGACUCAUCCUAGCAUCAGGCUCGAAUGAUAACACUAUCAAGCUCUGGGAUCCGGCGACCGGAACGCAGCGGCAGACGUUAGAGGGCCAUUCAAGUUGGGUUUGUUCGGUGGCCUUCUCUCCCGAUGGACUCACCCUAGCAUCGGGCUCGGACGACCGCACCAUUAAGCUCUGGGAUACGGCGACCGGCACGCAGCGGCGGACGUUAGAGGGCCAUGAAAAUUGGGCUAGUUCAAUUGCCUUCUCUCCCGAUGGACUCACCCUGUCAUCCGGCCCGGAAGAAAACACCAUCAAGCUCUGGGAUACGGCGACCGGCACGCAGCUAGAGGGCCAUUCACAUCUGGUUAAUUCGGGGGCCUUUUCUCCCGAUGGACUCACGCCAGCUCUCGAAAAAGGUCUUGACGAUUGCCAGAUAUCAUUAUCGAAUAACUGGGUUAGUUUGGGAGGUGAGAAUGUACUAUGGCUCCCGGCUGAGUAUCGUUCCAUUGAGUGCCAGGCUGUCAACGGUGCCACACUUGCCCUCGGUUUCUUUCUUUGUCGGUUCGCUCCGGAUUCACUCGAGUGUUGCGUUGUCGGCGCUCGCCGCUACCGCAGCCCAGGACAGGAAGGCGUUGGGAGUGACCCGAGCGCGCACUUGUUCUCGCAACUUAUCGUUGAUGGGUUUGAGCUCGUGCUGGUCGCAUUUGAUUUCCACCAGGUCCGCUUUGGUCGAUUCAAUAAGCGCAGUUUGGUGGGUGAUCGUUUCUGUCAGGCUGUCGACCAGCCGCCAGAUUUCCCGGGUCGUGACGCGUCCAUUGUUGUCUCCAGUGGUCGUGGUCUCGACGCUCGGGAGAGCUGGGAUAGCGUGGCCAUCGCUGAGGCAGCCUGUCUUUUUGUUCGAGGUGCGGUCGUUGAUUCAAGGUUUUCUGACACAUGGGCCGUUGCCGUUCCUUGCGAUUUUGUGUGA